UCGACACAUUCGCGAACGACACAUCGCUCAUACACAGUGUUUUGAAGAUGAUUGAAGGCAGUGAAAGCACACCGGCUAAUAAUGGCGAGUCUUUACAUGAAGACGAGAAUAAGUUUUAUGAUAAAAAGUGUAUUUUCUGUAAGAUAGUGAAGGGAGAGAUGAACACCGAGCUGCUGCACCAUGAUGAAGACAUAACAUGUUUCCGAGAUAUAAAACCUGGGGCUCCUCAUCACUAUCUUGUCGUACCAACGAAACAUGUAGGAAACUGCAAAACACUCAACAAAGAACACAUACCCCUAGUGGAGAAAUUGGUGGAAACAGGAAAAGCAGUUCUUCAGAAGAACAAUGUGACUGAUUUAAGCGAUGUCAGAUUUGGCUUUCACUGGCCUCCAUUCCAAUCUGUUCAGCAUCUUCACCUCCAUGUGUUGGCACCUGCCAGUCAAAUGGGUUUUAUGUCUCGUUUCAUCUACCGUCUAGAUUCCUACUGGUUUAUAACGGCAGACCAGUUGUUGCAAAGACUCAACUCAACAGAAGUAUGAAAAUGUCAGACUUAGCUUUGGGAAUGUAAGUGGAUAUACUCUGUACCUAAGGUGACACUCAGCAUGCUAGAUUGUCCUUCUGAUUGCUAAUUUGUGAUGUUUUUACUGAUUUUUGGACAAUUUUAACUGAAAAGUGAGAAUACUGCCUCAAAACAAUGUCAGUUAAAACAGCAUGGUGCCAUUUAACUGAGUUUACUGAAGAAAAACCCUUAACAACAUCUGGCCCUGUGCCUUCUUUCUUAUUAACCAAAUAUAAACGAUUAUAAGAUUUAUUUAAUGUGUUUAACAACCAAUUGGUUUAAGAUAGUAUUAAAUAAAUGUACUAAGAAUAAGCUGCUGCAUUAUAGACAUUAUGGUUGUGCUGGAGAACAUGUAGAUCUUUAAGAAUGUAAAUUAUUGUAUUGUAUGCAUAUAUAUUGUAAUUGUAAUAAAUAAAAUAAUUUAAAAAAAUCU